CUAGGGCAUGUUCACUUUUAACCCAAAGCUUUAUCGAUUGAUAACCAGAAUAACGGUCUUUAGAUAUGAAAUGUUUAUUUAGAUUCCGAACAGUAUACUCGAAUGCUGAUCUAUUACCCAAUCAUGUCACAAAUCUACAAUUUUUAUGUCAUUCAAUCACCACAAGACCCUCUGGUAACCCAAAUCGGAAGAACACCGAAGAAGCCCAUAUGAAAAAUGGAAAAGAAAAGAAAGAUUUUGCCGAUCUGUUCAACGAAAUCACUGAAAUUCUAGGAACCCAUGAAUUCAACGUGGAUAAUAGCACCGGAGUUAAUCAGUUUCCAAUAAUGAACAAAGGGGGUGUUGAGGUGAGAGGUUUAUUGGAAUGCACAGAAGGUGUUUGUGAAAAUGCCUACAUGAAUCAAGAGUUGGAAAUGAGAAUGAGAACAGCCCAUAUUGCUGAAAGGGAUGUGAGUCCCAUAGUCCAUAAGGCUACCCAGAUUUUACGGGGUGGUGAGAGUGAAACGUCGGUUGAGAAACGCUUGGAAGAGAUGAGUGUCGAGUUUGAUUCUGAUGUCGUUGAUAAAGUUCUAAAGAGAUGUUUCAAAGUGCCUGAUUUGGCUUUAUGGUUCUUUAAUUGGAUAAAGGUUAAAAAUAGAUCAUUGGUCACAACUGCGAUAUACAAUACGAUGAUUUAUAUACUUGGAGAGGCUAAAAAGUUUGAAGUAGUUGAGGAGUUGUGCAAGGAAAUGGAGAAUAACUCGUGUAAGAAAGAUAUUAAGACGUGGACGAUCCUCAUUUCUCAAUACGGGAAGUCGAAUGUUAUCGGGAAAGUCUUGUUGCUAUUUGAAGACAUGAAAAAGUCCGGUUUUGAACCCGAUUUGGCGGUUUAUAAAGUAAUGCUGCGUACACUUUGUAAUAGUAAACGAGCCGACAUUGCAAUGGAGUUCUACAAGGAGAUGGUGUCUGAACAAAUGGAACCGAAUAAAGUUUCAUACAAACUGUUAUUAGAUUGUUUAGCACAUUCUGGAGACACUAAUUAUAUCCGCUCGAUCGCUAACGACAUGAUAAAGAUUUCCCAAAUCCCUGAACAAGAAGUUUACACAUGUAUGCUUAAGAGCUUUUGCGUUUCGAGUAGAAUAACAGAAGCAUUAGAAGUCAUAAAGGAUAUGAAGAACAAAGAUAUCGCAAUGGAGGCUGAACAUUUUGAGAUGUUGGUGAACGGAAUGUGUCGUGCUGGUAGGAUCACUGACGCUUUGGAAAUUGUCGAUAUAUUAAAAAGAAAAGACGUUAUUGACAACAAGAUCUACGAAAGUGUUAUCCACGGGUACUUAAGAAGAAACGAAAUCUCCAAAGGACUCGAACUGUUUCACAAGUUAAAAGAUUGUGGACAAAUGCUUACUGUCUCUACUUACACAGAGCUGAUGCAACACCUUUUUAGAAUCAACGAGUAUGAAAAAGGGUUUGAUGUGUAUAACGCGAUGCUGGAAACAGGACAUGAGAUAGACAGUGUGGCGGUAACUGCUGUAAUUGCUGGUUAUAUUCAACAAAACCGCGUUUCCGAAGCGUGGGAUAUUGUAAAGAAUAUGGAGAUGAAAGGAAUGAAGCUAACUAGCAAAUGUUAUAUGGUUUUCAUCAAGGAGUUAUGUAAGAUUUGUAGGUAUGAUGAAGUUAUUAACGUUUUGAAUCAUAUGAAAGGUUUGAAGUUAGUUAUAACAGAUAAUGUAUUCAACUGGAUUAUAUCUCAUUUCGGUAAAAAAGGAGAAUUCGAGAAGUUACAAGAAGUAAAAACGAUCCAAAGGACCGGCAGUAACACAAACGAAACCACCCUUGAUUCAAGCUCAAGCUCGGUCCAGGUACAACAAAAGGAUGAAACUACCCUUGAUUCGGUAGUAACAUGUCCGCCUUCUAAGUCUUUUACCGAUCGGGAUCUUCACAAAGCCUGUAAAAUUGUGUCAUCCUCUAUGACUUGGUGCGCAAAGGAAGAAGCUUUACAAAAAUGUGAUCUUUAUAUCACACCAGAUUUAGUUGUGGAGGUGCUGCGAAAAUGCAGCCUACAUGGCGGUGCAGCGUUGCGUUUUUUCUCGUGGGUUGGAAAGAUAGACGGUUACCGACACACUGUGGAGACGUAUAACAUGGCUAUGAAGAUUGCUGGAAAAGGGAAGGAUUUUAAGCAUAUGCGAAGCUUGUUUAAUGAAAUGGUUAGGAAAGAUUUGUCGGUUUCGUCAGACACAUUGACGAUCAUGAUUUUGCAAUAUGGUCGAAUCGGUUUGACUGAAAUUGCUCUAAAAAGUUUUAAUGAAAUGAAAGAUAGAGGUUUCAGUCCGAAUAGUAGUACGUACAAAUCUUUGAUCAUUUCCCUUUGUGGAAAAAAAGGUAGAAAGGUGAAUGAAGCGAUCGAAGUGUUCACGGAGAUGAUUCAAGCUGGAUUUGUACCCGAUAAAGAGUUAAUCGAAAUAUAUCUUGAAUGUUUAUGUGAAGUUAAUAACGUGUCGGAAGCUAAAAAAUGUGUCAAAAACUUACGUACACUUGGAUUUUUGACUCCUUUAGCAUACUCGUUGUGUAUCAGGGCUCUUUGUCGAGCAGGUAACGUAGAAGAAGCUUUGGUAAUGAUUAACGAGGUUAGUGAAAAAGACCAAAAUACCCUUAACAGCUACGUUUAUGGAAGCUUAAUUCACGUGCUACUUAGGAAAGGACGUUUACAAGAUGCAUUGGAUAAGAUAGAAUCAAUGAAACAGGUAAACAUCUUUCCAACAGUUCAUGUUUAUACAUCUCUAAUAGUUUAUUUCUUCAAAGAGAAACAAAUAUCUAAAGCUUUAGAGGUUCUUGAGAAGAUGAAACAAGAUGGGUGUGAACCCACAAUCAUUACGUAUUCAUCAUUAAUUCGCGGUUAUGUGAGUAACGGGAAGAUUAGUGAUGCUUGGAAUGUUUUUCAUAAGAUGAAAAAUGAAGGACCGUUGCCCGAUUUCAAGACUUAUUCUAUGUUUAUUUCUUGUUUAUGCAAAGAAGGUAAGUCUGAAGAGGGUAUGCAACUUUUAUCUGAGAUGUUAAGUGUUGGGUUUGCUCCAAGUACGGUUAAUUUUCGUGAUGUAUUUUACGGAUUAAAUCGAGAGGGAAAACAGAGUCUAGCGCAAACUGUUCUUAGAACAAAAUGGGAUCUUGCGAGUAAACGAAAAUUUUUAAGUUAAUUUUUGUAAAAACUGUUAUAAACAAAACGGGUCUUCUUGAUUUUUG